AUCGAAUUUCGCUUCUUUACUUACAAUUUUUAUACCAUUUGUUCAGAAAAUAUAACAUCAGCAUAAAGUUUAUUUAUUUAUCUAUUUCUGGUAACAGAUUCACCUUUAUAGCACCAGUAUAUUAGUGGUUUUUGCACAUUCUUGUCUUCAUCAUUACAGUUCACUUCAUUAAUAUUGAAGAUAAAUAUAUAAGAAAAUAAAAUGUUAAACAAAUCUAUUCAUUUCAGUAAUCCCUUAGAUAAUGAAGAUGAACAAUCUUCAGAUAUAAUGGAUUUAUCACGAAAAAUUGUAUCAAAUGAUUCAUGGAAUUUUGAUAAUUUUAUUGCAUUAAAACUGCCAUAUAUCAAUGAUAAUACUAAUAACAGUAAUGAAGGAAAUGGAAGUCAACUUUCAACGAAAUCUUUAGCCUAUUGUACACCUAAUCCAGUACCAAAUUUACCAGAGAAUAAUCAAGUACACUUUUUAGAAUAUCGUGGAGCUCAUUUAGCAGCAUUUACUGUGAAUGGAAGAGAUUUAAUUUGUUUACCACAAGCAUUUGAAUUAUUUUUAAAACAUUUAGUUGGUGGAUUACAUACAGUUUAUACAAAAUUGAAACGUUUAGAAAUUAUUCCAGUUGUAUGUAAUGUUGAACAAGUACGCAUACUAAGAGGUUUAGGUGCAAUACAACCAGGUGUUAAUCGAUGUAAACUGAUUGCACCACAAGAAUUCGAUGUACUUUAUGGGGACUGUACGAAUUCAAGUUCUAGACCUGGACGUCCGUCGAAACGUCUGGCUGGAGUAGAAACACCAGUUUUAUCAUCUAUUCUCGGAACAUGUCAUUCAAAUAACUUCCUAGAGGAUGACCUAAAUGAAUCCAGUCCUAAGCAAUCACGUAGCUGUUCUACUGAAAUGGAUGGCAGUUGUAAUGGUCAAACACGAGACAAUCACAUACCAUGGAUUAACUCUCAUCCUAAUCUUUCUGCAUAUCCUUUGAUGAAUUCCCUUGGAUUUAUUCCACCUCUUCUUUUUAAAUCAAAAUUUCUUGAACAUCUUCAAUCCAUCUAUUCUUCUUUUAUGAAAUAUACCCUUUCUAAUAAUCAAAGUAAAUCAGAAUGUGAACGCAGCUCUUCGGGAUCUAUAGAUUCUAAGUUGAUUCGGGAUGGUAGGAAAGGAGAAAAUUCAAUUUCCCAGUUUAUGGAUUUACAAUGGACUCCACCGAAUAAUACAGGAAAAAUUGAUGACCAGCAUCUAGUUGCAGGUUUAUUUAGAGAAAAUAUACAAAACUCACUUAAACAGCCAAAAGAAUGGAGGAAUUAUCACCAAUCUUCAGAUUCCCAACGAAUAUUUGAUUCCAAACUGCAGUAUUUUUUAAACCAGUUUAUUGAAAUGAAUUAUCCUUUAAAAUCAAAUCAUCACUCAUCAACCCUAUCAGGCAACCUAAAUGAUUCACCAAUAAAACAGCAGAGAAGCAACAAUGAUCAUGUGAAUCAUCGGGUGUAUUCAUCAUUGAAUAUGAAUGCAAUGGAAUCUUCCUUGCAUCCACUAUCCAAUCAAGUGACUUCAACAAACGUAUCCGAAAAUACAUUCACGCAACCUGCUAAAACUGUUUUAUUGUCAAAACAUACAACGGAUCAUAACAAGAGUGAAGAAGAAUCUCAUUAUAGACUACCGAUUUCUGAAACCUUUAUUCCAUACGAUUCCGUUGUAGACAUGAAGUCAAAUCAACAAGAAUCUCUUAGUUUUUCAAUAGAAAAGAUUAAAAAUGAUGCAUAUGGUGAUAAUGAAGUUAAUACAACUACAUGUGAAAAGAAUCAUCAUAAUUUUUCGUUUGACUCUAAGAAGAAAGACACUGGAGUAGUGACUAACAGGACCAGUAACAGUAACAAUGAUAAUGAUAUUAAUGAAGUGAACUGGACAACAUCCAAUACAGAUAUAUCUAAGACAUUGGCUGUUUUAAACUAUUAUUACUGGUGGUUGCAAUAUAUGUCAAAUGGGAUCUCCCAUUCCAAACAGUCGACAAAUUAUGCAAUGGAGAACUCAACGUGUACAAACUUUUCUUCGAAGGAUUGUUUCACAAAGUAAGCUAAAUAUAAGAUUACCAAAGUAUAUAUCACAAAAAGUAAAUGUCAUGCUCAAAUUCUUUUGAAAUUUCAAAAUUGAUAAAGCUGAGAAAAUUUUCAAGCAUAUAAUAUGAAAGUAGUGUGUGAAUUUCGGUCCAUGAUAGUAACUAUUUAUGUUUCAUAUCAGUGAAGAAACGUUUAAUGUAUUUUAAGAAUUAAUGAAGUCAUUAUAAGUGGUCAGGUGACUGAGAUACUUUUAAGACUAAGAUCUUUCUUUAUAUCCAGUUGACACCUUUUGCUUCGAACAUCUUCAUGGCAGUAUUUUGCUUCACACCUUAUCACUUAAGGUUAUCACUGAACUAUUAAACGACUGAAUUUCUUACACAGUACAUGUAGUACCAUUUUAAUUAGCUUCCACUUAACGCUACUUGUAACAAUGACCGUUUAUUGAAUUCUUAAAGGUACCAUUGAGACUACUUAUACCACUUUAAGUAAUCGUAAUGUUCAAGUUGCGUUUGUUCCCAGCAGAAUGCUAUCAUUCGAGUUAUGUAUAUAUAUCACCCAUGAUAUGCCUGACUGUAGUGGACUGGAUCAUGCAACAAACAGUGAGGAGAGAGAAGAGGAGGAAACGCUGGCUGGACAGCAGAAAACAACCUAGAAGAUUUGGAUUUCGCCGAUAAUCACUCGUGUCUAAUGUCACACAGACUUGAAGAUCUACAGGCGAAAACUAACAAGUUGACAGAAGAGGCAGAACAGGGCAGGACAGUGAAGAUGGGACUUCAGGUGAAUAUAGAGAAGACAGAGGUGAUGAAGAUACACAACCAACACCAACACCGUCACCACCACCAACAACAACAAUUGCAACAAGCUGCAAUCAACAUCAACGGGAGAAACUUGAAGGAAGUAACCUCCCUCACCUAUCUAGACAACGUUGUCUCAACUACAAGCAACACACUCACAGAUGAGGACGUCAAGGCCAGCCAGCCAGGAUCGGAAAGACUGCAAGACAGGCAUUCACCAAUCUGAAACCAGUGUGGAGAUCUUCUGCACUCAGCAUGUGGAAUAACAUCCCGAUUUUCUACACCAACGUCAGUCAAAUCAGUGCCUCCGUGUGAUGGUUGAGAGACUUGACGUGUUACGAAAGGCAUUUCCAACAAACUACAGAUAUUCAUGAACAACUGCCAUCUACGCUGACUCAUCACUGAAGAUCAGAUGACCCGAAAGAAUCAGUAACAAAUAACUCUGGCUGGGAAGGAACCAACGAAGCAAGAACCCACCACUCAACAAAUAUGCAGGGGAAGUAAGUGGAGAUGAAUUUGAUUAGGCAUACAGUGAGAAGGCGGACUGGGGACAUCACGUGCGAGGCGAGAUACUUGAGUGGGACCCAGAUGGGAAGCGGUGAGUUGGGUGUGUGAGGUGAGGGUGACAUGGAGGAGAUGGUGAUGAUGUUUUUUAAUGAAGUAUUUUACUCACCUAAAAUGACAUCAGUGCUAUCUGUUACCCAAUACUUUUCAAAGACUCGAAACUGUUAGUUAUUCUUAGGAAUAUGAAUAAUGCAAUUACAUAUGACAUCAAUAUUUCUUUGUUGAUUCCACUGAACCGCUGAGAUAUUGUAUAUUUGACACUUACACUUCAGCACGUUUUCUUUUCUAUUUUAUAGUGAUGAUUAAUUAAAUGAAUAGUCAAGUUGUCUGGACACAGAAGCAAUAACUUUAUCAAAUUUUAGUCAGAGAAAUGUCAGCACUUUAAAAGAAACCAACAGAAGACCUGAAAACUAAAGAAACUUCAAAUUUCACAGUGUCAGUUGCAAAUUUCAAUUAAAGUCUCAUUGAUUUCAUAUUCUUCCAAUGUAAAUGACAUAAAGGCUAAUUGAAGAAACUCAUCUUUCUUUUCUUCAUAUACCCUAGUAGAGAUCUUAUAGUCAACAAAAAUUCUAACAGUGUACAGUUAUUCUUCCUCAUUAUCGAUACAUUUAUGCUAAAACAUUAAAUAUAUCUAUGCUGAUUAG